UGGAUAGAAUCAGAAAGAUUCUUUUAUAGUUUUUUUUCUUGUCCUUACGAAAUAAGAUCCCUGUCGCGGAGUAGAUUCAGUCAAAGUCAACACAGUAACCACAAGAAGAUUCAAGUCUCUCGACAAUGGCAUCGCAAGACCACCAUCAUCAUCAUCAUCAAGAUCAUGACAAAUCUGACGCCGGCGAUACGAAGACGUCGUGGGUGGGGCAGGACGGGAGGGUGUUCCAUAGCCACGAUGGACUUGCACCGCACUCACACGAACCAAUCUACUCUCCUGGCUACUUCAGUCGCCGAGCUCCUCCCCUUAACGACCGUAACUUCUCUGAGAGAGCUUUCACCGUCGGUAUUGGCGGUCCCGUUGGCACCGGGAAAACGGCAUUGAUGCUUGCUCUUUGUAGAUUCUUGAGGGACAAAUAUAGUCUUGCUGCUGUGACAAAUGAUAUAUUUACGAAAGAGGAUGGUGAGUUUCUGGUGAAGAAUGGAGCUCUUCCUGAGGAAAGGAUUAGAGCUGUUGAAACCGGUGGAUGUCCACACGCUGCGAUCCGUGAAGAUAUCAGUAUCAAUUUGGGUCCUCUUGAGGAGUUAUCUAACUUAUUCAAGGCUGAUUUGCUUCUUUGUGAAUCCGGUGGAGAUAAUUUAGCUGCUAAUUUCAGCAGAGAACUUGCUGACUAUAUCAUCUACAUCAUCGAUGUAUCUGCUGGUGAUAAAAUACCCCGUAAAGGUGGCCCUGGAAUCACUCAAGCUGAUCUUCUGGUGAUAAACAAGACAGACCUUGCAGCAGCUGUUGGGGCUGACUUAUCUGUUAUGGAAAGGGAUGCGCUACGCAUGCGUGAUGGAGGGCCAUUUGUCUUUGCUCAGGUGAAGCAUGGGCUUGGGGUCGAGGAAAUCGUGAACCAUGUCAUGCACUCAUGGGAACAUGCAACCGGGAAGAAGCGCCAGUGAUGGGUUGGAUAAGAGAUAAAUCUAAAUGGGACUCUAUCAAUUUGUCUUGAACUCAGUUUAUGCGCACUUGUAUCUGUUUGUUUGUUGUACUCAAGACAUAAGAGAAAUAAAGGUUUUGAGCAUGAGACUCAUUACAUUGUGA